AUGUCAACAACAAUUUUAUCUUAUAUUCAACUUCAAAUAAUUCGUUAUGCCACACCAAUUAUUUUAAUUUUAGGCAAUCUUGGUAAUAUUUGUAUUAUCAUUUCAUUUAGUCGACGUCGUCAAAGUUCUUGUGCAAUGUAUUUAUUAUUUAAUGCAUUAUUUAAUAGCUUUUAUUUAACAUUUAAUGUUUCAUUAUCUCUCUAUGGUCUUUAUUAUGGAAAUCCAACAAGUUCAAAUCUAAUUCUUUGUAAAUGUCGGUAUUAUUUAUCUCAAACAUGGAAUCAAACAGCAACAACUUUUGCUAUACUCGCAUGUAUUGAUCGUUUUGCAUUAGUUACUCGUCAUAAAUAUCUUCAAUUAAUCAAUAAAUCAUUCAUAUGUCGAAUAAUUAUUGGAAUAACUUCUGGUGAUAUUUACAUCGAUAAUGGAUACCAGAAUGGUCAAGUUGAAAAAUAUUCAUUGACAGACAAUAUCAGUACACCUGUGAUGUUCGUUGGUCAACAAUGUUUCGGUCUCUUUCUCGAUUUUAACAAUACUCUCUAUUGUUCAAAGAAUGGUUUCCAUCAAAUUGUGACAAAAUCAUUGAAUACGAAUUCAGGCUCGAUUAAAACAGUAGCUGGAAGAGAUUGUGCUGGUUCACUACCAAACCAACUAAAUGCACCACAUGGACUUUUUGUUAAUAUCAAUUUCGAUUUAUAUGUAGCCGAUUAUGGUAAUAAUCGAAUUCAACUUUUUCGACCUGAUGAAUUGAAUGGAACAACCGUAGCAGGGAAUACAUCAAUCAAUACUACGAUCUCAUUAUAUAAUCCAACAGGAAUUACUUUCGAUGCCGAGGACAAUAUUUACAUUGUCGAUAAAGGUAAUCAGCGUAUCGUGGUAUCGGGACCGACUGGAUUUCGAUGUUUGCUCGGAUGCAACGGGUCAGGUUUAUUAUCUUAUCAAAUGAAUGCACCACAGAUCCUUAGUUUUGAUAUUUAUGGUAAUAUCUAUGUCACUGAAUGGGUCAACAAUCGCAUAAAAAAAUUUUUCAUUGUUAAUAAUUCAUGCGGUAAAUAUCUGUUGAAAUUUAUUCUGCGUGUCGCCAAGAAAUUAUUCCUUCUAGAUGAACCUACAACGCAACUCUCAACAGUAGUGACGACUGUGUCUUAUCAAAAGGCAAAUGUUUCUUCGGCAGUUUUGACCUUACCAUCCUGUCUCAAUCAGAACCAAAUAGGCUCCAAUUGCAAUCAUUCAUCUGCACCAUGUGAUAUUCUUGUGCCCUGUCAAAAUAACGGUACUUGUAUCAAUGGAAACAAAACUAUAAAUGAGUACAGUUGUGUGUGUUUGUCUGGCUUUAAUGGUACUCAAUGUGAAGUUGAUAAUCGACUAUGUAAACCAAAUACAUGUCAGAAUAGCGGCAAAUGCAAAGAAACGUCGUCGACGACAUUUGAAUGCUCAUGCCAGUCUGGUUGGACAAAUAUCUAUUGUGAAACCAAAGAAAAUUACUGCAAAAAUAUUACAUGUUUGAAUAAUGGUAUAUGUCGACCAUUGUUACUGAAUUUCACGUGCGAAUGUCUUGGAACAAGUUAUUCUGGUCGAUAUUGUGAAAAUAUAGAACAAACAACAGUGGUGCGUCAAGCUGUUUCCAGAUCAUUCAGUUACAUCGCUAUUAUUUUCAUAUCAAGUGUGGCUACAUUUAUAAUUGCCAUGGAUGUGCUGAAAUAUAUAUUUGGUAUUGAUCUAACAAAAGGUGACUAUCAAGAACUCGCACGAAAGCAAAGACGCUGGCGUCGAUAUGGCCAACGGCAUUCGAAAGAAGCCAGACUACCUAAACAAAAGCAACAAUUGAUCUACACCGACAAUUUGAGAGUACCAUCUAGCGGAACUCUUGCUAUGCCGAAUAUCUCCGUCAUUGGAGAAACCAUUUGUUAG